GCAUGCUGGGUCUGGGCUCGCGGUAAAGGCUGGAAACGGUCUUGGACCAGGAUCAGGGCAGUGAUUGCGCAACACGGCAUCGUCCCAUUUCUCAUUUCUUCAACUGGCAUCUUCAUAAGCAUAGUAGAUUCGAUGCAUCUGUCAACUCGAGAUAUUCCGACACGGCAAGCUCGAUGAGGGCUGUCAAGGCUCGAACUUCUGAAUACGUGCCUAUAAACUAGACGAUUAUUACUACGAGAUUCGAAACCACGGAGGUAGCUUGCUUCAGAAUGAUAGCUGACUCUCCAUUUGGCUGCCUUUCUCGGCGGAGAAUCCAGCUCAUCCUCGGUAUCGCUGUCUUUCUUGUGCUCCUCUCCUACCCAUUCCGCUCAUCUAUCGUGCCCUCGGUGGUGCCAGCUUCCUCGCCUCCAAUCGCCCGUGCACUACCUGCUCGUACUCUGUUGUCGCGUCCACUGUCCCGUGAUGGGACCACGAUUCCUAAGAUUAUCCACCAGACAUGGUUUCCAGCGGGCAGCAAUAUGAGCGAGCGUGCUCAGGACUGGGUCCAUGGCAUGCGUACCCAGAACUCGGACUGGGAAUAUGUGCUUUGGGAUGACGAAACCAAUCGAAUGCUUGUUGAACAGUAUUUUCCCUGGUUUCUCCAGACUUAUGACAGUCUCCCGAAAGAGAUUCUCCGGGCGGAUGUGGUCCGCAAUUUGUAUAUGUACUUGUUUGGCGGGAUGUACGCCGACGUGGAUACCGAAGCCUUGCGCCCUGUUGCGCCAUUGUUUGCCGGUCAUGAAACCGCUCUUGCCGCCCAUGAAGAUAUCCUCUCAUCUGCACCGUCGUUUCAGAAGGCUACUGUUCAACGCGCAUUCUUGGGACGCAUGGCUCGCACUGUCGAUAUUCUGAGCUCCGCCGCGGUGCCCAACGGCUGGAUGGCAUCACCCCCAGGCCAUCCGUUCUGGCUUCUUCCAGUUCUCAACGUGAUCGAGCACCCCGAGGGAACUGGUGAUGGCUCUGUUGAGGGUCUGACCGGACCCGGGGCAUUGAGUUUGAUGAUCAAGAAAUACUGGGAUAACUUCAAAGAUAAUUCAUUGCGACAGCAUGCUUGCAAGACUAUUCAACGGCAUCAAGAAUCGUGGCAGUUAUUUUGCGAUGAGAGUGAGCUUGCCAUGGGCGCGCACCUCCAAGACGCGCUGGUACUCCUACCUGAGAAACAGAUAUACCCCUUUAGCUGGGUAGAUGAUGCGAACAAUGCCUCCGUUUGUCAGGCGGCGUGGGAGAACCCGACCUUCGACCCGGAGGAGUGUAAGCGGUUGAUGGAGGUGGAAGCCUGGCCUAGUUACUUCAUUACGUACUGUACCCAUUCUUGGUGAGGCUUGUAUAUCUAGGGGCUUUGGUUUUCUUUUUUUCACUUCUUACCAUACAAAUCGAUCACUUCGUGUUGCUAACAUUCCUAUCACUACAAAUACGCACGAUGAUUUG